CCCCGCGGCCUCCCGGCCGCUGCCCGCUGGCGGGACCUCAGGGAUCAUGGCACAAGUAGCCACGUCUACCAUGCCCAUGGAAAACGACGCAUCCCCAGAGAGCAGGAUGGUGGUGACGUUCCUCGUGUCUGCUCUGGAGUCCAUGUGCAAAGAACUGGCCAAGUCCAAGGCAGAGGUGGCCUGCAUUGCAAUGUAUGAAACAGACGUGUUUGUCGUUGGAACCGAGAAAGGACGAGCUUUUGUCAACGCCAGGAUGGAUUUGCAGAAGGAUUUUGCGAAAUACUGUGUUGCGGAAGGCCUGCCGGAGGUGAAGCCCCCGCGCCCCGGGAACGGGGUGCAGCUCGACUCGGGAGAAACGGAAAUACUCAGGAAAGCAGUCGAGGACUAUUUCUGCUUUUGUUACGGUAAAGCGUUAGGAACAACAGCAGUGGUGCCUGUUCCGUACGAGAAGAUGCUACGAGAUCAGUCAGCUGUGGUAGUGCAGGGGCUUCCAGAGGGAGUUGCCUUUCAGCACCCACAGAACUAUGAUCUUGCAACUCUGAAAUGGAUUUUGGAGAACAAAGCGGGGAUUUCAUUCAUCAUAAACAGACCUUUCCGAAGUCCAGCACAUCAGCAAAGUGGGCCUGGAAUCGUAACAGAUGCUGAGAGAUCAGUGACAUCGCCACGUGAAAGUUGCAGCCUCAUCCGUGUGAAAGCCGAGCCCAUGGAAGACUCUGGCGUUUCACUGAAAGCAGCCGCUGUGUCAGUCAAGAAAGAAGCAGAGGACCCUAAUUACUAUUGCUAUAAUAUGCAAGAAAGCCAUCAGUCUUCUGCGAUCAAUGAAGUAAUAGAAAUGGAAUUGCCAAUGGAAGAUUCUACUCAGCUUGUCCCUUCAGAGUCGAGUGAGGACCCUGACGCUGAGGUGAAAGUGGAAGGAAACACAGAUUCAUCCAAUAUUGCAAGUUCUGCAGCAGGUGUUGAAGAUCUUAACAUUGUUCAGGUGACAGUUCCAGAUAAUGAGAAGGAAAGAUUAUCAAGCAUUGAAAAGAUAAAACAACUAAGAGAACAAGUCAAUGACCUCUUUAGCCGAAAAUUUGGUGAAGCCAUUGGAGUGGAUUUCCCUGUGAAAGUCCCCUACAGGAAAAUCACAUUCAACCCUGGCUGCGUGGUCAUCGAUGGCAUGCCCCCGGGCGUGGUAUUCAAAGCCCCUGGUUACCUGGAAAUCAGCUCCAUGAGAAGGAUCUUAGAUGCUGCAGAGUUUAUCAAAUUCACAGUCAUUAGACCACUUCCAGGCCUGGAGUUUAGCAAUGUGGGAAAAAGAAAGAUAGACCAAGAGGGCCGUGUGUUUCAAGAAAAGUGGGAGAGAGCAUAUUUCUUCGUGGAAGUGCAGAAUGUCCCUACAUGUCUAAUAUGCAAACAGAGCAUGUCUGUGUCUAAAGAAUACAACCUAAGACGCCAUUAUCAAACCAACCACAGUAAGCACUAUGACCAGUAUACUGAGAAGAUGCGUGAUGAGAAGCUUCAUGAGUUAAAAAAAGGAUUCAGAAAGUACCUCCUAGGGUCAUCAGAAAUUGUGUGUCCUGAGCAAAAACAAGUGCUUGCGAAUGUGAGUCCAAAUGAAAAUGCUGCCUUGCAGCCUGUAGAAGACGUGACUGGAAACUUAUGGGAGAAGUUACGUGAAAAAAUCAAAUCAUUUGUGGCAUACUCUAUUGCGAUCGAUGAGAUCACAGAUAUUAAUAACACCACCCAGUUGGCCAUAUUCAUUCGUGGUGUCGAUGAGAAUUUUGAUGUGUCGGAAGAACUUUUGGAUACGGUGCCCAUGACAGGUACGAAAUCUGGAAAUGAGAUAUUUUUGCGUGUUGAGAAAAGUCUUAAAAAGUUUAACAUUGACUGGUCGAAAUUAGUAAGUGUGGCCUCAACUGGCACCCCUGCCAUGGUGGAUGCGAACAGCGGGCUUGUUACAAAACUGAAGUCCAAGGUGGCCAUGGUUUGCAAGGGUUCGGAUCUGAAGUCUGUUUGCUGCAUCAUUCACCCAGAAUCACUUUGUGCUCAGAAGUUAAAGAUGGACCACGUCAUGAAUGUGGUGGUUAACUCCGUGAACUGGAUAUGCUCCCGGGGACUGAACCACAGCGAGUUCACAACUUUGCUCUAUGAACUGGACAGCCAAUAUGGCAGCCUUCUGUACUACACAGAGAUUAAGUGGCUCAGUCGUGGGCUGGUGCUGAAAAGGUUUUUUGAAUCAUUGGAAGAAAUUGAUUCCUUCAUGUCAUCCAGAGGAAAGCCCCUGCCUCAGCUGAGCUCUCAAGACUGGGUCAGAGACUUGGCCUUCCUGGUGGAUAUGACAAUGCACCUGAACACCUUGAACAUCUCUCUCCAAGGGCAUUCACAAAUCGUUACGCAGAUGUACGACUUGAUUCGGGCAUUUCUGGCAAAACUGUGCCUUUGGGAAACUCAUUUGGCAAGGAAUAACCUGGCCCACUUUCCCACACUGAAAUCAGUUUCCAGAAACGAAAGCGAUGGCCUGAACUACAUCCCCAAAAUUGUGGAAUUGAAGACUGAAUUCCAGAAAAGACUGUCUGAUUUCAAACUCUAUGAGAGUGAACUGACCCUGUUCAGCUCCCCGUUCUCCAUGAAGAUCGAGAGCGUGCACGAGACGCUGCAGAUGGAGGUUAUCGAUCUGCAGUGCAACACGGGACUGAAAGCCAGGUACGACAAGGUGGGCAUACCGGAAUUCUACAAGUACCUCUCGAGUAGCUACCCGAAAUAUAAAAACCACUGUGCAAAGAUUCUCUCCAUGUUCGGGAGCACCUAUAUUUGUGAACAGCUGUUUUCCAUUAUGAAACUGAGUAAAACAAAAUACUGCUCCCAGUUAAAGGACUCACAGUGGGACUCCGUCCUCCACAUCUCGACAUGAAGAACACGCUCCUGGCCAUCCCCCCUGGGGUAUAAGACUAGAAUCCUCUACACCCGAGGGAUUUGGG